AGCCGCCGAGCGCGGGGCCCGGGGAGGCGCCCGGGCGAGCCCGGGGAUCGAGCCCGAGCGCUGGGCCGCGGGGAGCCCGAGCCCAUGGAGCACCCGGCCGCCAAGCGGCGCUGCGGCCCCCCCGGCGGCGGGCGGGGGCCCGAGGGGCCCGGGGCCGGGGCCGCCGCGGAGGGCGGAGGAGGCGGCCGGGCCGAGACGCUGCUGGAUCUCAGCGCCAAGCGGGUGGCGGAGACGUGGGCCUUCGAGCAGGUAGAGGAGCGAUUCUCCCGCGUCCCGGAGCCUGUGCAGAAGCGCAUCGUGUUCUGGUCCUUCCCGCGCAGCGAGCGCGAGAUCUGCAUGUACUCGUCCCUCGGCUGCCACCCCCCCGAAGGCGAGCGAGAUUCCCGGGUGCCCUUCAACCGCGGCCUGCACCUGCUGCAAUCUGGGGCCGUCGACCGGGUGCUGCAAGUGGGCUUCCACCUGAGUGGGACCGUGACGGAGCCGGCCGGCCCCAGCGAGCCGGAGCGGAGCUUCCAUGUCUCCAUCAGCUUUGACCGCUGCAAGAUCACGUCGGUGAGCUGCGCCUGCGACAACCGGGACAUCUUCUACUGCGCCCACGUGGUGGCGCUGUCGCUCUACCGCAUUCGCAACGCCCGGCAGGUGGAACUGCGCCUGCCCAUCUCCGAGACCCUCUCCCAGAUGAACCGUGACCAGCUGCAGAAGUUCGUCCAGUACCUGAUCAGCGCCCACCACACCGAGGUGCUGCCCACCGCCCAGCGGCUGGCCGACGAGAUCCUCCUGCUGGGCUCCGAGAUCAACCGGGUGCACGGUGCCCCAGACCCCACGGCUGGCGCCGGCAUCGAGGACGCCAAUUGCUGGCACCUGGACGAGGAGCAGAUCCAGGAGCAGGUCAGGCAGCUCCUGUCCAACGGCGGCUACUACGGAGCCAGCAAGCAGCUGCAGUCCAUGUUCAACAAGGUGCGCGAGAUGCUGCGGAUGCGGGACUCCAACGGCGCCCGCAUGCUGAUCCUGAUGACGGAGCAGUUCCUGGAGGACCCGCGCCUGGCCCUGUGGAGGCAGCAGGGAGCCGGCAUGACGGACAAGUGCCGGCAGCUGUGGGACGAGCUGGGGGCCCUGUGGGUGUGCGUGGUCCUGAACCCCCAUUGCAAGCCGGAGGAGCGCGCCCUGUGGCUGGCGUUGCUGAAGAAGUGGAACAAGCUGGAUGUCUGCCCCUUGGAGGAGGGAAACUAUUCCUUUGAUGUGCCUGGAGCCACCGCGGCCCUGCAGCUCCCCUCAGUCCCCAGUGCAGCGGGCGCCCGCCAGACCGUCUUCGGCCGCGCCAUCAAGGCCGGGGAGCUGCGCUGGGGCGACUGCCACCUGCAGAAGAUCCUCGGCAGCGACGGCUACGGCCUGGGCAUGAAGACAGGCGGCGACAAGCUCUGCUUCGACCCCCAGGGCCGCCCGCUCUGGCUGGGCGACCCCUUCCCCACGGCCUGCGCCCGCGUGGACGCCCUGCGCUCCCACGGCUACCCCCGCGAGGCCCUGCGCCUGGCCGCCGCCCUCGGCAACACCAUGCGUCUGCAGCGGCGCCACCAGCUCGAGAGCUACAAGCAGCAGAAGAAAGAGAUAUUGCACAAGGGCAGCACAUCCAUCACCAACCUGGAGGGCUGGGUGGGCCACCCCCUGGACCCCAUCGGCUGCCUGUGCCGGACCCUCCUGGAGCCCUGCCGCACGGACCAGGAGGGGCUGUCGCUCUAUCCAGACGCGGCGGCGGAUGGGAAGAAGAAGGUGCUGUACCAGCACGUGCCCGUCCCCUCCAGCCCCGGCUCGGGCGAGUCGUACGUGGCGCUAGCUCUGGAGGUGGCGCUGGCGGGGCUGGGGCAGCAGCGGGCCAUGCCCGAGGGGCUCUACGCCCAGGACAAGGUGGUGCGAAGCGAGGAGCAGCUCAUCGCCCUGCUGGACGAGAUGGAGCCGGACGAGAGGCUGGUGCAGGUGCUGCGCAAGCAGGCAGCGCUGCUGCUGGAAGGCGGCCCGUUCAGCGGCUUUGGGGAGGUGGUGUUCCGGGAGAGCGUGCCCAUGCACACCUUCGCCCGCUACCUCUUCUCCGCCCUGCUGCCCCACGACGCCGACCUGGCCUAUCGCCUGGCGCUGAGAGCCAUGAGGCUCCCCGUGCUGGAGACGGUGAUGCCAGCCGGGGACAUCCUCCACCAGAACCCACUGGACUCCAUGAUGGCCAAUCGCUUUCCCCGCUGGUUCAUCCUGGGCCACCUGGAGACGCGCCAGUGCGAGCUGGCAUCGGCCAUGCUCACCGCAGCCAAAGGAGACCCCAAGUGGCUGCACACGGUCCUGGGGUCCAUCCAGCAGAACAUCCACUCCCCUGCCCUCCUGUUCAAACUGGCCCAGGACGCCUGUAAGACUGCGACACCGGCCAGCGCCCCGCCGGACACCACGCUGCUCAACAUCUCCCUGGAGCUCGGCUUGCAGGUGAUGCGGAUGACUCUGAAUACCAUGACCUGGCGCCGGAGGGAGAUGGUGCGCUGGCUGGUGAGCUGUGCCACGGAGAUCGGAGUGCAGGCGCUGAUGAACAUCAUGCAGAACUGGUACAGCCUCUUCACCCCCAUCGAAGCCACCACCAUCGUGGCCGUGACGGGUACCACCCCGGCCACCCUGCUGCGUCUCAACCUGGCCUUUGGGCAGCGGGACGAGCUGUGUGCCCGGGCCCGGGCCGUGGCCCUGCAGUGCGCCAUGAAGGACCCGCAGAACUGCUCGCUGCCGGCCCUGACCCUGUGCGAGAAGGACCACGCCGCCUUCGAGGCCGCCUACCAGAUCGUGCUGGACUCGGCCGCCGCGGCCGGCAUGGGCCACUCCCACCUCUUCACCGUGGCCCGGUACAUGGAGCACCGGGGGCUGCCCCUCCGCGCCUACAAACUAGCCACCCUGGCCUUCUCCCACCUCAGCAUCGCCUUCAACCAGGACACGCACCCGGCCGUGAACGACGUGCUCUGGGCCUGCUCGCUCAGCCACUCCCUGGGCAAGAGCCAGCUCUCGGCCAUCGUGCCCCUCAUCAUCCAGAGCGUGCAGUGCGCCCCCAUGCUCUCCGACAUCCUGCGCCGCUGGAGCCUGCCCCCGCCGGGCCUAGCCGCCCUCUCCGGCCGCCGCCACGCCGCCAAGCCCACCGCCGCCCCCGGCCUGGACAAAGCCCCCCUGUGCCAGCUGCUGGAGGCGGCCAUCGCCGCCUAUGUCAGCACCACCCACUCCCGCCUCACCCACAUCAGCCCCCGGCACUACAGCGAGUUCAUCGAGUUCCUGUGCAAGGCCCGCGAGACCUUCCUGCUGGCCCCCGACGGGCACCUGCAGUUCGGCCAGUUCCUCGACAACCUCAAACAGACCUACAAGGGCAAGAAGAAACUCAUGCUCCUGGUGCGGGAGCGAUUUGGCUAGGGGGCGGGGCCACGGCCUGAUCCUCUUCCCUCCCCCCCUUAGGGUCUAUGGAUUCAGCUGGGGAACCCCCACAUCACUGCCCCCUGAGGGUGGGUUGGUUUGACGGGGGGGCCUCAUCUGACUGGGGGUCCCUGGGCUAGGAUUUGGUCAAUGGGGGAGGCCUCUGUACCCUUUUGAAGGACCCCGUUUCUCUCCAGUGUUUAAUUUAUAGUUGGGGGGCGGACUCAUGGUGGGGUUGUAGGAGUCGCAGAUUUCAGUAUUACCACCGGCUGUCUGCCUUGAAGGAGCCGAGCCCGGGGGUCGGAGCUGGGCAGAAGCAGGUGGCGGUGGGGCCAGCCUGGGUUUGAUGGGGCCAGCCUGGGGGCCCGAUCCUAGGGCAUCAGGGGCCUGGGCUUGGCGGCAGCUGUGAGCUGGUGUGAUUUUAGCCAGUACCUUGGGGGCAUUGCUGGUUUCCUGCUGCUCUUCAGCAAGGUGGGGGAUCCGUAAUUCUUGGAAAGAAGCCCUGUCUCCACCCCAGCUCUCCCGGAGUCAGUACCAUUUUUGCCCAUAAAUUCCCUCUUGGGAAUUUGAACCUGUGACAGCAGAAGCCCCGACCUGUCCUACCUCUCCCCCCCAGCAGUAAAGUGGGGGGAAGCAGGGCGUGGGCCCCAUGCUCCGGCUCCUCCAUCCCCCUGUGCCAAUACCUGAGUUGUUUUCCCUGCUGGCAUCUUGCAACGGCGAGGAGCCGAAGACUUAACCCCUGGGAGGGGCCUGGCCAGGCCCUCGGCUCCUUUGGCCCUACCCAGCCCCAGCCUUUCGAAGGGCUAAAGGACCCCUUCUGAAGCAGCCCCGGUCGCUGUCUGCCGCUGGCAAAGGUUGGAAGCCAGAGGGGACCUGGGUCUUUCUGCAGUGCCCAUCCCCCUGGUCUCUGAGCGGCUCUGCAGCGAGAAGGGAGUCGGACCAGCCCUCGUUCAGAUCUGGGAGAGGCCAAGCUGCAGGGCUCGUUUGCCCUUAUUUCUAGCCUGACCGUUCCCGCGCUACCUCCCAAAAACAUUUUUAUGGAAAUCUCCAGGAACGGGUGGCUCUGGCCCUGAUCCCUGUGCCCACCACCUGCAACCUCCGACCUCUGGGGCUGCCUCUCUCCCAGCACGGGGCAGCCGGGCGAGGGGAACAAGCGCCUGCCUGCCCGUCUGGUGCUCCCAGCCCCAAGCCACCAGCCUGGUGGAUUUCCUGUGGUUCUUUUCCAGCUGGUGGGGGUUCUUUCCAGGUGACUAUUUAGGGACCAACCCCCCCUUAUCUGGUCCUGUCUUCCCCCAGUAUUUCUGCUCUAACCGGGGGGGGGGGGGGGGGAGAGGGAAGAUGUAGAUGAAUCCAGGACCCAGGUGCGGGGAGGGGGCACGCGCUAAAUCGAUCCCAGCAAAGAAGGGGGGAGGGCCCUGAUCCAGCCUGUAUUGCACCCCUGUGGGGCUGGGGGUGUGAUCUGUUCUGCAGACACCCCCAAGUGAAGGAUUCCUAAUCUGGUCUCUCCCAGCGCAAGGCUCAGGGGGGCGGAAAGCUUUCCUGGUUCGUAGCAGUGCUCGUUUCAUACCUCAACCCUCCCCCUGCUUCAGGCCAGAGCAAGACUAGGAGACUGGAGGGUUUUUUGGUUUUUUUUCUACCCUGGGGGUGGGGGUGGUAAUUUCUCAGUCCCCGCCAGAGGGUGCCCUCCCCCCUCUCCAAAACUCCAUUUUCCUCUGGCUAAAUUCUACUCAGGAAAGACGCCCGGGCACGUUACAAACUCGAUUAUUGUGAAGAUGAGAUAAUCUAAAAGAGAUUAAUAUAUAUGAAGAGAGGGUCUGAGAUGACCUGGGGGGGGGGGGGGGGGCUGUUUGAUUUUGAUGCUCCAUGUCCCUUGAGAGCCGAGAAGGGGCAGACGAUAUUCUUCUAUAUUGCACAGCUCGGGUGAGGAGCCCUCCACAUCUGGUUUGUUCCUUACCGGUCAUUGUUGGUUUGU